CCUGGUUCCAAACCUCAGACGUCUGUAUUUUCUACGCACUCUGCACCAAUGUGGUCUCUUCAAUAUUGGUUUAACGGCAAUUUCUUCACACUUCUGCACGUACACUUCAAGCCUCCAUGGAGAAGCUCACUCCAUUGCACCACUUUAGCCCAUCUCUCCUUCAAUGUCCCCUCACCGACAAUCUAUUUAGAUGCCGUUCCACCACUCUUUAUUCUACAGACAUCUGCCCUGAAAAUUCACCUUUUUCUUCUUCGUCUUCUUCUUCUUCUUCUUCUUCUUCUUCUUCACUGAGAGUCACGCCAAACUUUCGCUUCCUCAAUGUCUCGAACGAGCUCAAUUCUUUAAAUUCAGUAAAAAGAACGCAUGCCCAGAUAAUAAAAAUGACGAAGAUGUGGAAUUCAGAUGCCCUGGCAAAGAGUUUGAUUACAUUUUACUUGAGUUUUGGUGAUUUUAAGUCGGCCGCAACAGUUUUCUUUGUGGGUUUUGCACGGAACGAUCUAUCAUGGAGUCCAUUCCUAAAGGAUUUUGAAAAUGCAGGUGGAAAUCCACUUGAAAUUCUUGAGGUUUUCAGCGAAUUGCAUCGCAAAGGGGUGCUAUUUGAGAGUAAAGUUCUUGCUUCUGUUUUGAGAACUUGUGCGGUUUUAAUGGACUCAUGGCUUGGUGUGGAAAUUCAUGCUUUGUUAAUUAAGAAGGGCUUUGAUGUGGAUGCUUAUUUGAACCGUGCACUGAUGAAUUUUUAUGGGAAGUGUUGGGCUAUAGACAGCGCAAAUAACGUGUUCUACGAAAUGCCGAACAAAGAAGAUGCAUUGUGGAAUGAUGCAAUUCUAGUGAAUUUUCAGAACGGGAGACCAGAGAGGGCUCUUCGACUUUGUCGAGAAAUGCAGUUGUCAUUUGUGAAACCCAACAGCUCUACUAUUGUCAAACUACUGCAAGCAAGUGGAAAGGAGGGAGCUCUCAAUCAAGGAAAGCAGAUUCAUGGGUAUGUUUUACGGUUUGCCCUGGAAUCAAAUAUGUCCAUAUGCAACUCUAUGAUUAGCAUGUACUCCAAAAACAAUAAACUUGAACUGGCUAGAAAAGUUUUUGAUUCAAUGGAAAUCCGUAAUUUAUCUUCAUGGAACUCUAUCAUGUCGGGCUAUGCUGCUCAUGGUUAUUUAAAUGAUGCAUGGAAUCUUUUCAAAGAAAUUAAAUCCGUGGGUAUGGAGCCAGACUUGGUAUCCUGGAAUUGCCUUCUAUCGGGCCAUUUCCUUCAUGGGUUGUACCAUGAAGUCCUCAUAAUUUUGCGGAGAAUGCAAGACGAAGGUUUGAGGCCAAACUCAAGCUCCAUUACUAGUGCUCUUCAAGCAAUCAGUGAAAUGAAGUUAUUGAUAUUGGGAAAGGACAUCCAUGGCUAUGUGAUAAGAAAUGGACUCGACUAUGAUAUAUAUGUGGAAACAUCACUGGUAGAUAUGUAUGUGAAAAAUGAUGACUUGGGCAGUGCUCAAGCAGUUUUUGAUAAUAUGAAGAGUAGAAAUAUUUUUGCCUGGAAUUCUCUAAUUUUAGGAUAUUCCCUCAAGGGCCAUUUUGAAAAUGCUUUGAAGCUGUUGAAUUUGAUGGAGAAGGAUGGAAUUAAACCUGACUUGGUGACAUGGAAUGGUUUGGUUUCUGGGCAUUCAAUGUGGGGCCACACAAGGGAAGCUUUGGCCACGAUCCAUCAAAUCAAAAGUGUGGGCUUGACUCCCAAUGUGGUUUCAUGGACUGCUUUAAUAUCUGGCUGUUCACAGAAAGGAAACUAUGAGGAUUCCCUGAGAUUUUUUACUGAAAUGCAGCAAGAACGUAUCGAGCCCAACUCUGUCACCGUGUCUAGCUUGGUUCAGGCUUGUGCAGGCCUGUCUUUGUUACAGAAGGGUGAAGAGGUACAUUGCCUCAGUAUAAGAAAAGGUUUCAUUGACGAUGUAUGUGUUGCAACAGCUCUUAUUGAUAUGUAUUGUAGGUCAGGCAGAAUAAAGAAUGCCCAUGGAAUUUUUCAGGGGAUUCAAAACAAAACAUUGGCCUCUUGGAAUUGCAUGAUUAUGGGAUUUGCCAUCCAUGGCCUUGGAAAAGAGGCAAUUUUGCUUUUCAAUGAAAUGUGUAAGUUGGGUAUCCAGCCAGAUGCAAUAACCUUCACAGCCAUACUCUCUAGUUGCAAGAAUUCGGGUUUGUUGGAUGAAGGAUGGAAGUUCUUUGAUUGUAUGAGCAUUGAUUAUAAAAUAGUGCCAACAAUAGAGCAUUACUCUUGCAUGGUUGAUCUUCUCGGUAGAGCUGGGUAUCUAGAUGAAGCUUGGGAUUUCAUUCAAAUGAUGCCAUUAGUGCCCGAUGCUACUGUUUGGGGUGCUCUUCUUGGAUCUUGUCGAAUACAUAAAAACUUGGAGCUUGCAGAGAUUGCAGCAAAGAAACUUUUCAAGUUGGAACCAUAUAAUUCUGCCAAUUAUGUUAUAAUGAUGAGCUUAUAUGCAAUUUUGAAAAGAUGGGAGGAUAUGGAUCGUCUGAAACGCAUGAUGAGAGUUGUAGGGGUGAAGAAUCGCAAUGUAUGGAGUUGGAUUCAAAUUGAUAACACAAUCCAUGUGUUUUCAGAAGAAAGGUCCCAUCCAGAUGAAUGGAAGAUAUACUUUGAGUUAUAUCGGCUGGUUUCUGAAAUGAAGAAAUUGGGUUAUGUGCCUGAUAUUGACAGUGUCUAUCAAAACAUUGAUGAGAAAGAGAAGGAGAAGGUGCUGAUGGGUCAUACUGAGAAGUUGGCCAUUACUUAUGGACUGAUUACGAUGAAAAAUAAGAGACCAAUCAGGGUGAUUAAAAACACAAGAGUCUGCUCUGAUUGUCAUGCAGCAGCAAAAUACAUUACGUUGGUAAAAGGUAUUGAGAUAUCCCUCAAGGAUGGUGUCCGUUUUCAUCAUUUUAGGGAAGGGAGGUGUUCCUGUAAUGAAUGCUGGUAAUAACGGGCAUACUUGCUUUAGAGGUAUCACUUCAAAUCAUAGUAUGAAAGUGAUGGAUAUGAAGUAGUUGGAUAAUAACAUACUUGCAAAGAAGAAAAAAUGCAGCAAAGUGUCAAUGAAAUGAAGAAUAGACUGUCCAAUAAUUGGUGCGGAUUUACCAGCAUGAGAGUUGUGGCCAAGGAAGAAAUGGGUGCUGCAGGAUUCAACUAAAGUACAUCUGCAAGCAUAUAGUUCACAGUUAAUGAUUCUCAACCGCAGGAGCUGAGUCUGUUAAUACUAUGCAUAUUAUACAACCUAUAAAAAUGCUGACAAGCGUAAUGUGAGAAAAAUACAUUUAACGCCUUAGAAAGAGCAGCAAUGAUGGGUGUUUUCGCACUUUCUUUUACUUUCCAAACUGGAGUCAUGUGGCUCCGUUGGAAUAGGGCUUUUUUGCAAAUUCUUGCUCCCCAAAACCAUAUUUUUCCCUCAUUUUUGGAAGCAAUUAUUUGCGUCUAUUUAAUUAAUUGUUUGUGUUAAAAGUAAUUUGUAAUUUGCUUGCAGCAAUUAAUGCCAGCACCUGCCAGCACCCAACCGACAUUGCAUGCCUACAAAGGCAUUGCUGCAUCAUGCAUGUAAUCAGAUGAAAUUGAAAAAAUAUAGCAGCUACUUAGAUC